AGACUGUUGAGUUUUCUGUUUUCACCCAUUCUGACAGUCUGUGUCUUUCAAUUUGGAAAUUGAGGCCUUUUAAACUGAAAGUAAUUACUGAGAGACAUUGACUUACUACUUUCAUUGCAUUCUUUUUGAACUUUUGACUCUUUUGUAUUUUUUUCUGUUUGCCACUUGAUUUGCUUGAUGUAUUUAUUCAAUUUGACUUUUUUGCUCUGUUGGCUUUAUUGUCAUUGCCUAGGCUACUCUUCAGUGUUUUGAGGGGAGAGACUAGUUAUGCUCUUCAGAUAUCUCUUAAUAUGUUCUUUGUCCUGAAAUGUCCUUUCUCCAUCAAUUUUGAAAGCAAAUUUUACAUGAUGUAUUAGUGUGGAUUGGAAGUUUUUGUCUUUUAAUGCUUGAAGCACUUCACUACAAAGUCUUCUGACCUUUAAUUUUUUUUAUUUAAAGGAAAAAAAAAACAGAUAAAAAGGGUAGAAACAAUACAGAAUUUCAGAAAAAUAAACAGUAAGAAAUCACCAAUCGAUAAGUUACAUACCAUCAUCUUAGAAAUAGUUGCUCGAGUUAUAAAAUUAAAGCAUACAAAGUGAUAUUCAAACAAUGACACUGCAAACAGUUCUGCUCAACAAUACAAAAAGAACUUAGUAAUAUGGUUAUCGGUCCUAUGCACUUGAUUUUUAUCUUAAAGAGGGUAAGAGUAAACAUAACAAAAUAAUGUCAAUAAUGUCUACCAUAAUGUUUCUCAGUCUCUUUGUAGUAGCUGUCUUUAUCUUUAUGUAAGCUGAAAUUGAACAUGAGACUAGACUAUUAUUCUGAACAGUGAAUGAUAGUAUUGCUAUAUUUCAUAUCGUGAUGCUACAGAAUUAGCACUGGGUUUCUUAGUGUCCCUUCUUCAGAGCAUCUAUCUGUUCAUUACAUUGUGUAUUAUAUAAUCUGUUCCUAUAAAUAGUUUAGAAAUUUUUCCCAUGUGUGAAUCUCUACAUAUAUAUCUAUCCUUUAUAUAUUAUAGGGAAAAACAGAUCAAAACAAGACAACAAAAUAAAUUCCUAGAAAAACAUGAAAUGAAAAAGACAUAUAAGACCACAAUAUUAGGUGAUCUACAGUAGUUACUAUGUUUUCUCUUGUUAUUUUCAAUAGAAUUGUCCACAUUAUCAGGUAUAAUAUAAUUGAACAUAACAUUACAUAGCUAUUUUAAUAAAAACACAACUUUGAAAAUAUUGUAGGACUUGAAAGCAGUUAAUAAUCAAAACCAGAAUGGUAUCUUUUACAUCUUGUCAUCUUCAGAGUAGUUGCAUCUACUCUUAGACUUGAUACUAUCAAGCAUACCAAAUUUGAAUGAAAUCAGUUGAGGCUAAACAGCGGUCUAACAAACCAGCUUCAAAUAAAAUCAGUCAUUGACAAUGUAAGUAAUACAAGAAUUCAGUGUGAGUUAAUAGGAAAUUAAGGAUAGUUACCGUGGUAUAACCUGCUAUUUUUGGGUUAGCUUUGUGUGCCCUCAAAUCUAAUAUGAGUAGACAGACUGGAACAAAAUCAAACUAAACAAUGAUAAGACUACUGUGGCUUUUAAAUCCUGAUACACUAUUAACAAUGUCCUCUACCUUCCUUUUUUAGACAAUUCCUCCCUUUUGCCUUUCGCAAGGUGCUUUGUAUAUUUUGGGUCCCACUAGCUCUUUUCGUUUUUAGAUUAGGGGGCCAACCUGUUAUCUAUCUGUGUGUUGAUAAACCUUUUUACCCCUGAGCUUGAUCUUGAGCUGUAUUCCUUUACUUACUAAAGUUACAAGGUCGUCCUUCCUUCCAGCUAUGUAGUUCUACACUGCCCAAAAGUGUCAUAGCUUUCCAAUCUAUCUACAGCUGCUGGAUGAGUUUGUCCCUAUUUCUCUCUGUUUUCCUGUUUCGUAUAGCAUUGCUUUCUCAUCUUUGACUUUCAGUUUAAUAACCCUCUUUUGGGUUGAGUGUAUUUCUUAUUCAGAUGGAACCUGCCUCCUAAUCUACUCUGCCUGUUUUUUUUUUUUUAUUUUAGUGUAUCAAGGCUAUCUAUAUUAAUGAUUAUGGCUUACCGUCUCUGCCUCAUUUCUGCUAUUUUAUUCUUCUGCCAUUAUUUGUUCACUUUCUGCUUCAUUCCACUGUCUGCCCUGUUCAUUGAGGCCUCUCUGUCACUGUUGCUGGAAUCCUAUAUUUUUUCCUCUUUCUCUCUGGAAUGUCCUUUAGUAUUUUUUGUAGGGUUGGGUUGGUGGCCAUGAACUCACACAGUUCCUCCUUGUUUUGGAAAUAUAUUGUUUCUCCAUUAAUUUUGAGAGAGAGUUUUUCUGGGUACAUCAGUCUUGGUUGGAGGUUAUUUUCUUUCAGGGCUUGGACUAUUUCCCCCAGGCUCUUCUAGAUUUGAGAGUUUGUGUUGAUAAGUCUGUCGUUACUUUGAUAAUUUUUCUUUUGUAGAUAAUCUGCUUCUUUUCUCUGGCUGCUUUUAAUAUUCUGUUCUUGUGGUGGAUUUCUGGAAUCUUGAUUAUUAUAUGUCUGGGUGUAGAUCUGUUUUGGUUGUAGGUGGCUAGAGUUCUAUAUGCCUUUUUUAUCUGGAUAUCAUUUCUUUUUCCUACGCUUGGGAAGUUUUCCUUUAUUAUAUCUGUGAAUAUUCUUUGUAGUUCAUUUUUGGUUACUCUUGCUUCUUCGCUCACAUGCUUUAUUCUUAAGUUAUAUAUCCUUAAGUUAUUUAUCCUUUUGUCGUUUUCUUGCCUUUGAAUUGUUUCUUUCUGGUUCCUCGUUAUUUUUAAGAGAUCUUUCCUUUCACGAUCGUAUAUCAUAAAUCUCUCUUCAAUUUUCAAAAGGCUAACUUUAGUUUCUGUCAGGCAUUUUGCCAUUUUCAAUGAAGUUUUUAGAUUCCUGGUAAUCUCUCUGGAUCUGUUUCAUGUAUUCUAGGUUAUGUUUAAGUUCUUCAUCAAAGGUUUCUCUUUCUUUUCUGAGUUUCUCUGUUCUUUUGUCUGUGUUCUCUUGGGGGGGCUUAUCAUUUCUUUAAUUAAUCUUUUUAUAUCUUGCCUCACUUGGAUCAGGAGUACAGUUUUAAAUUCAUCUGUGAAGUCAAAAGUUAUUUCUUUAUGUCCACUGAUGCUGUGUCUAGUAUUGGAUGGUUACUGCACUGGUUCUCUUCUGUAUUUACUUCUCUGGGGCUUAUUUUCCCAGGUUCAGAAGCUUGAGGUUUUUUUUUUUUUUUUUAAUUUCUAUGUUUUGUCAUAUUUCUGGUUUCUUUCAGACAGAUGUGUCCGGGGGGUCUCUGGCCCUCUCCGUAUUGCUUAGGGUCUUUCCCAAGUAUGUUGACUGGGGUUUUGCUGCCCUUCCCAAUUUGCUGUUUUCUGAGGUUUCUAAACUCCCUCCCAGAGGCUUGAGAUGGUGUGGGGACACUCCCCCAGGCCACCCAGUCCAGAGUUCAGAGCGCAGGCAGGCAGGCCCAAUUCCCCGAAGCUGGUCGAUCACAGCAGGAAACAGGAAAGUUCUGGCUCCGUAUUUUUGAUUAUUGUCUGAAAAGGUGUUUUCAGAAGCAGAUUCUCUGGGCUCCGUUUGCAGCAGCAGCUCCUUGGGGCUCUGGUCUCGUGGCCUGGCAGCAAUGAAGACACACUCACCCACCCGGGGACUUCGAGGGUGCUAGGUUGGCAGGGGCCCACUCAGCACCAGUGCUGCGGGCUCAGGUCCUUGCGUGAGUGGUGAGUGCGAAGGCGGUGAUGUGUCCCAGCAGGUCCGGUCCAUGCCCAUGAUGCCACAAUGCGCCCUCCUUCUAGCGUCCCCAGGGACACAGCCCAGAGCCAGGGAGGUGGCAGAGACAGUGGAGGUGGUGCGGUAGUGGCAGGGGCAGGGGUUGCCGGUAGGCGCUGAGUCGCCCCACUACCCCAGCCUCUGGCAGGCUCCUUGCAGCAGAGACGGAGGCAGUACCUAGAGCGCAGUGGCCCAGAGGUGCUCAGGGCUACAUAGUGGUGCCUCCAACCAGGAGUGAAUGUUUGAUUAGUUUUUCUCACCUUAGUUUCUUCUUGUUAUGAGAGAAUUCCUCUCCCUCUGUUUAGGGCUCCCAUGUUGUAUUAUGUUGAGUUCUAAUUUGACUUUCAGGGAGCCUCUGUAGCCGGCUGUUAAUCUGCCACCUGACCUUUACAAUUUGCAUCAAGAAAAGUCUGCUAUAAUGUUAAUGUAUUUACAUUUAAAAUUGAUUUUUUUGGUAUUUUUUUUCUGACAGCCUUUACUAUUUGGUCUUUUUGUUUGAUAGCUUGGAUUUUGACUGUGAUAUUUUGUGGGGAGUUUCUUCAUUGUCAUUAUUUGGCACACUGUAAACCUCACUUACCUGCGUGUUGAGUUCUUUCUAUACUUGGAAAGUUUUCUGCUAUGAUUUCUGUAAAAAAGAUUUUUAAUUCUUUGUGUUCAGUCUUCUAAUUCCUGUCUCAACUUCAUCUAGCCUGAAGUUAGUCUUCUUAGUGUUAUUUAGUAGCUGUUGGAUGAAUUUUUCUCACUAUUUUUAAGGCUUCACCUAGUUGUUAUAUCAUUACCCCAGACAGUUUCCUCUGUGCUGCCAUCACUGAGUUCCAGGAGCCAAGCAGUUUCCUCCCACUGUGGCCCAGGCAGUUGCCCAUCCAAAGAAUUGAGCACUGUUGGCUCCCUCAAAACGCAUCUUGUUUGUAACUUGUGUCUGGACGUGACCCGCAUAGAUCUCCAUGGGUCUAGUUUUCUUAAUUGAUUUGAGAGUGGGGGAAUUAAAUAUUGUGAUGUCUCUGUGUCUUCUCUCCUCAGGCUUUCCUUGCCUAUUAUAUGGCAGAAGGCAUCUGGCCCAGCCAUUGUUCACCAUUUCUCUGCCUGCAGAUGUCUGUCUCAGCCUUGCCCACAGUAUCCAGCGAUAUUCCCAAGCUGGGAAGAGAGCCCUCUUUGCCAUUUUUGGGAGACACAUAAAAAGAAGUGUUAAGAAUUGUCCUUUGAGAGUCUGAAGGCUUGAAGAGUACCAACUAAAGUGCAGUCUGUUUGUGCCUCAGAGCCGAACAGUGCAGUCUAAUAUGUGAAUUAGCAAGCUUGCUUUGAGAAUAAUUGAAAGAGCAUUGAGAUUCCAAUACUUACCAGACUGGCUGAAGUUACAUUUAGAGACUGAAAUCGCUGCACCUUAAAAAACAAAAGAUUGAGCUACACUGUGUUCCUGUAAGUGGAAGCUUCUUGUACGUUCCUCUGUGGUUCUGUGACCAACUCCAAAAAGAAUGUGUUGCCAUCAAUAACUCGAUAUUCCUCACAACAUUGCUGGCUGAGUUUUCUGUGGAAAAGCAGGAAAAGAGAAGUGGAGGAGGAAGGACUCCCUCCAUACCCUGUGCUAAACCUACCAGGUGUCACUGUUUCAGUGGGAGUCUGGAAAGAAACUGUCAGAGGACACAUCUGAACCUUGCAGUGGCUGGCACUUUUCCUCUACAUUGUGAGAAAAAGAAAAUUAGCUGGAAUAAAACCUUGCUUUCCAUAUGGUGGACUUCAAAAGCAGCAUUGAAAAGUUCCUUGACCAUCAGAUUGUCAGCUACCCCUUCUCUUUAUAUGCCGCAGCUCUCUGUUCCCUGCCCCAAUGAACAUCUGCACUAGGCCCAAGCCUUGGAGUGACUUACCUGAAGAGUGACACCAUUUAUUUGGAAACUACUAUGAGGAAACUGAAGCCCAGAGAGGUGAAGUGAGGUGCCCAAGGCCACACAGCAAGUUAGAGGCACAGCUAGUACAAUAGCUCACGGCUCCUGACUCCCAGUCCAGUGCUCCUCCCAUUACUCCACGCGUCCUGUCUCUAAGCUUCCUGACAAAUGCUAGAACGGAAGAAACCCAAGACAGCUGAAAACCAGAAGGCAUCUGAGGAGAAUGAGAUUACUCAGCCGGGUGGAUCCAGCGCCAAGCCGGGCCUUCCCUGCCUGAACUUUGAAGCUGUUCUGUCUCCAGACCCAGCCCUCAUCCACUCAACACAUUCACUAACAAACUCUCACGCUCACCCCGGGUCAUCUGAUUGUGACAUCAGUUGCAAGGGGAUGACCGAGCGCAUUCACAGCAUCAAUCUUCACAACUUCAGCAAUUCCGUGCUCGAGACCCUCAACGAGCAGCGCAACCGUGGCCACUUCUGUGACGUGACGGUGCGCAUCCACGGGAGCAUGCUGCGCGCGCACCGCUGCGUGCUGGCAGCAGGCAGUCCGUUCUUCCAGGACAAGCUGCUACUGGGCUAUAGCGACAUUGAGAUCCCGUCAGUGGUGUCAGUGCAGUCGGUACAAAAGCUCAUUGACUUCAUGUACAGCGGCGUGCUGCGCGUAUCACAGUCGGAAGCCCUGCAGAUCCUCACAGCUGCCAGCAUCCUGCAGAUCAAAACCGUCAUAGAUGAAUGCACGCGCAUAGUGUCGCAGAACGUGGGCGAUGUCUUCCCGGGCAUCCAGUACUCCGGCCAGGACACACCGCGAGGCACUCCUGAGUCGGGCACGUCUGGCCAGAGCAGUGAUACAGAAUCGGGCUACCUGCAGAGCCACCCACAACACAGUGUGGACAGAAUCUACUCAGCGCUCUAUGCUUGCUCCAUGCAGAAUGGCAGCGGUGAGCGCUCCUUCUACAGCGGUGCGGUAGUCAGCCACCAUGAGACUGCGCUCAGCCUGCCCCGCGACCACCACAUGGAAGACCCCAACUGGAUCACCCGCAUCCACGAGCGCUCGCAGAUGGAGCGCUACAUGUCCACCACCCCUGAGACCACACACUGCCGCAAGCAGCCCAGACCCGUGCGCAUCCAGACCCUGAUGGGCAACAUCCACAUCAAGCAGGAGAUGGAGGACGAUUAUGACUACUACGGGCAACAAAGGGUGCAGAUCCUGGAGCGCAAUGAAUCAGAGGAGUGCACAGAAGACACUGACCAGGCGGAAGGCACCGAGAGCGAGCCCAAAGGCGAAAGCUUUGAUUCAGGUGUCAGCUCUUCUAUAGGCACGGAACCCGACUCGGUGGAACCACAGUUUGGGCCUGGUGCAACAAGGGAAGGCCAGUCAGAGCCCACGCAACCGGAGCAGGCUGCUGAAGCCCCUGCUGAGGGCAGCGCACAGCCAAACCAACUAGAAACAGGCGCCUCCUCUCCUGAGAGAAGCAAUGAGGGAGAAAUGGACAGCACAGUCAUCUCUGUCAGCAACAGCUCCAAUAAGAGCGUCCUGCAACAACAGCCUUCCAUCAACACAUCUAUUGGGCAGCCAUUGCCAAGUACCCAGCUGUAUUUACGCCAGACAGAAACCCUCACCAGCAACCUGAGGAUGCCUCUGACCUUGACCAGCAACACACAGGUCAUUGGCACAGCUGGCAACACCUACCUGCCAGCCCUCUUCACUACCCAGCCUGCAGGCAGUGGCCCCAAGCCUUUCCUCUUCAGUCUGCCACAGCCCCUGGCAGGCCAGCAAACCCAGUUUGUGACAGUCUCCCAGCCCGGCCUGUCAACUUUUACUGCACAGCUGCCAGCGCCACAGCCCCUGGCCUCAUCUGCAGGCCACAGCACAGCCAGUGGGCAAGGUGAAAAAAAGCCUUAUGAGUGCACUCUCUGCAACAAGACUUUCACCGCCAAACAGAACUACGUCAAGCACAUGUUUGUACACACAGGUGAGAAGCCCCACCAAUGCAGCAUCUGCUGGCGAUCCUUCUCCUUAAAGGAUUACCUUAUCAAGCACAUGGUGACGCACACAGGCGUGAGGGCGUACCAGUGCAGCAUCUGCAACAAGCGCUUCACCCAGAAGAGCUCCCUCAAUGUGCACAUGCGCCUCCACCGGGGGGAGAAGUCCUACGAGUGUUACAUCUGCAAAAAGAAGUUCUCCCACAAGACCCUCCUGGAACGACAUGUGGCCCUGCACAGCGCCAGCAACGGGACCCCUCCCGCAGGCACACCCCCGGGUGCCCGCGCUGGGCCCCCGGGCGUGGUGGCCUGCACGGAGGGGACCACUUACGUCUGCUCCGUCUGCCCAGCAAAGUUUGACCAAAUUGAGCAGUUCAACGACCACAUGAGGAUGCAUGUGUCUGACGGAUAAGUAGUAUCUUUCUUUCUUAUGAACAAAACAACAGAAAAAGAAACAAACAAAGCUAUGGCACUAGAAUUUAAGAAAUGUUUUGAUUUCGUUUUUACUUUCUGUUUUGUUUUUGUUUCGUUUCAUUUUGUACUACAUGAAGAACUGUUUUUUGCCUGCUGGUACAUUACAUUUCUGGAGACCUGGGUGAAUAAUAGUUUUCCCAGUCUCCCUCGGAUGGUGGCCUUAAGGCCUGGUAGUGCUUCAGGAGAUCCACUGGUUGGAUCUCUGGCUACUGGCCUCUAAAUACAACCCUUCUUUACAAAAAAAAAAAAAAUCUUUUUAAAAAGUAAAAAAGAAAAAAAAAAAAGAAAAAAAGAAAAAAAAGAAAAAAAUUUUCCACUUGUGAAGAGCACUACAAAAUAUAUAACAAAAUCUAAAAGGCCUACUGUCUUUAAGUACACCGCUUGCAGUGUUUCCAUGGACAUUUUCACAAUUCUGGCCGCUUGGACUUCACAGUAACCAGUUAUAACUGUGGAAUAUCACUUCUGGUGAAAACCCAGAGGAAAGGCCCUGCUGUUUUCCACCUACCACGUUGUCUGAUUUCAUAAAAGGGCUGGGAGGGUAGGAGGGAGCAGGGGGGUCAGUGGUGUGGGAAAAGGGGGACGGCGGGCUUCUCCCCGAGAUUCUGCCUGACUCCACACACCCUGGCUCACCUCCUCCAUGUCCCCCCUUUCAGCAGAAACCAGGAAGACUUGGAAAAGCAACAAGCAACAGUGGCUAAACGUAUUUAUUCAGUGUCUUCGCUGGGCCACAGCCUCGGCACAAUCAGGAGGGACUUUCAUGAAAGGCAGGAAUGCAGAUAAAACAAAGAUAUCAGAUAUUUGCACCUAUGUUUCUAGGUACAAGAGGAUUAUUUCCAACAAUCUUUGCAAAAAAAGUGUCAGGAUAUAUUCUUGUGGAAGAGAAAAAGAAAGAAAUGGAGGGUGGGGGGAACAAUAAGUUCUUGAGGCUUUUUUAAUUCAAAAUUUUAUAGGGGGCAAAAGUGACAUUUACCAGAUAGAACGCUGAUUUUUUUAAUAUAUUUACAACAGUAUUUGUGUAAAAAAAAAAACAAAAAAAUGAGAUUGUUAAAAGUAAUUUUUUUUUCAUUUUGGUUUUGCAUACACUGCCACCAAUCCCUUCUCUUUUAUUUUGUUUCACAUAUAUAUAUAUAUAUAUAUUUUUUGGUAAGUCAGGACUGUUAAGGUUAGCAAUACUGCUUCCAGACAGAGAGAAUAAAGAGCAACUAAAGUUAUAUUUGAAAGAGAGGAAGGUUAUUUUCUUCAUUUUAAAAUUUUUCUUAAUUUUUAUUAUUUUAAGUAUUGCCUGGGUUGAUGAGGGCCUCUGUGGCCACCCAUCCCUGCUGUAAUUUGAACUGCUGCUUUGUAUUUUGAUAUGUAGUUCCUGGACUUUUAGCAAGCUUAAGUUGCUCCACUGAGUAUUUUUUUCACCAAUCCGUCUAGGAUUCUUUUCUUUUACAUGGAAGGGACUUACUUUAUCUUUCAGAAGCAGACUUCUUCUUCAAAAUGUCAUUGCACUCUUCUGAUUCUAGAAUUUUUGUUGACUUUGUUUUUUGUCUUUAAUGAAACACUAGUCGUCUACAGGUCUUGACAAAUGGGUUUAUUUCUUUAGUGGUCAGCCAGGAGGAGGGCUCCACAGGACUCUGCCACACCUCCUCACCCUUCACAAGCCUAUGAGCAUCAUUGUGCGAAGCCUGUUACAAACCAUAAUGCGCUGAUGCCAAAAUUACUUUUUCUCUCACAUAUCAUCUUCUGACUCUUUCCACCAUGGCUAAGUGGACUAAGUGAGAUGUUCAUUCUGUAUAUGAUUUAUUAAUCCUUGCUUUUUGGGAAGGUCUUUGGAAAUUAGCAAUUUCCUUGAUGCCAACAUCCACCACUCAAAAGGCCACCAAUGUGUUACAUCAUGCCAGAUGUCGCUCUCUCUUCCUAGCUGGGAUUUCUCUCCUCGGUCCUGAUCAAGAAAUCGUAAUACUUUUCCAUUGUAGACAGUGCCCUAAAAGGAUUCUAACUCAAAACUAGAAGUUUUUCAUGUUAUAACCCUGAAGUGAUUUCACUAUGGGGUAUAUUUUAAUACCCUUAAGGGAAAAGUAAAUCUUAAACAAGGCAGAAACACCAAACUAUAGACUUAAAAACAGAGAAAAGAGAGAAUAUUUUACUUUCAAAAAUUACUCUACAUAUUAAUUUUCCUUCUAAUUUUCAUGUUAACAUUUUAUUUACCAAAAGCAUGUAGCAAAUGAGGGGAAAUCUUCCAAAGCAAGCAACUCUAUGAUGACUAAAUUGAUUUUAUGCAUGUUUCAGAAGACAUUGGUUAACUUGGAUCUUUUCCAUAAGUUCUUUGUGAUGUUUAGUAGUUUGUGCAACUGGAAUAUUUGUGACUUCAUCUGUCCUGCAGUACUUAAUUCAGUGAAUAUUUUGCUAGAAGUUUUAAUGUAGACUUUGAUGAUAAACUAUUAAGUAUCACCUCAUUGUGACUUCUAGAAGAGUCUCAUCAAGAACUGAAUAUCCAAAAUUCACUUGUUCUAAAAGUCGUUGAGAAAUCACUUCAGAGAUGCAAAAUCUCCAAUUUUCUAUUGCUAAUUUUGCUUUUUACAGUGUGUUGACUAGUAUUUACACUUACCACCAAUAGAGGGAGCAUUAAGUAAUUUUGUAAUGGACUAUUGUGAUACUUUGAAAAACAACCUAUUCAGCCUUUAAAUUAAAAAAGAUUGACACUGAGAAAAAAAAUAGAAGAAAAUGAUAUGAAAUAACUCAGCAUAUAUUAUCAAUUUAAAAAUCCCAAUGCCACUUUAAAAUAUUUUCGACUGUGUGGCAAUAGUGCAUUUAAAAUAGUUCUUUAUUCAGACCUUAGCAACUAGACAGAAUUCGUAGUACUUCCAGAAUAGUUGAUCUUGAGGGUCAUUUGGGCAACUGUCUGCUUCUGACAGCUGAAGGAGACCUAUUUUGUCUUAAUGAUUUGCCAUUGUCAAAAAGCUAAGCAACUGGGUUGAAAUUCACUUUUGUCAUGGAACAUGUAGAAGACAGAAGAAAACUUCCAGAUGACUAGCAACUCUGAAGUUCAUUCUUUUCCUAUAAAGCAUUAUCUCUUUUUUAAUAAGAUAGGGGUUCCUAAAGAACUUAUGAUGAGGUAUAUGAUCACUAGCCAGUUAUCAAAUAGAUUAUCUGGUUUGGCUGGCGGUGGACUUACUCUUCUAUAAGUUUUAUUCCUUCCAAACAUCUCACAGUGUAAAUAAGUCGGCAGAUUAUUUUUUGGAAACAGGAAGAAGCUAAGUUAAGAGUUGGAACUCAAAUUAGAGUUGGAGCUCAUCUAGGGAAGCAGAAAAGGUGGUAUGGGUCUAUUAUAAAACUGGCUCUGACAGGCUUCUUUACAUACCAACUCACAUUUAGAAAAUGAACUCAUCCUUACCUGUUUCAAAAGGAUAUAGAUGCUUUCAGACUGCCAAUCUUGUCCACCCUUGUACACCUAAACAACCACAGAUAUCUUAAGAAAUAACAAAACUUUUUGCCUCAAGAUCAGAAAAUGAGUAUGGAUUCUUUUUUGGUUUCAAAUUCUACAGUUUUUACAUUUAGACCUUCAUGCUAGUAUGUUACUGGUGCUUUUUAAAACUUCUUUUUUAAUAGCUAGGAAAAAGAUAAGAUGAAAGCAGAUGUUCCAGAUUUAAGACCUCUUAGGGAACAAGAACUGGUGUGGGAAAGAACAUUUUUAAAGCAAUUUAUGAUUUAAAAAGGAAUUCACUAAGCAGAGAAGGGAAAAGAGUCAAAGAGGAGCAUUUAUCUGAACACAUUUAGAUACCAUUUGUGAUAAAGAAAAUUUCCUAAUAUUAAACAUUGAUAAUGUCUCAACGCACUGGGUAUUUUUCCAUAUUAAAUGCCAAUGUUUGUGUAAAAUAUAGGCCUAUAAAACAACAAAUUAGAACACACAGAUCUGAUACCGAUAUGUAAUGGAGAAGGAUUAAGAAAUCAGCCAACCCCUCUCAAAAAAUUGAAAUGAAAUCCUUUAUAUCAAAAUAUUUUUUACUACUACCUAUUUUGAGUUGUAAAUUUUUCCCCUUAAAAAUUUUAUAAACUUUUCCUUCCCCAGAUGCCUUGAGUCUUUUGGUGUAUGAGCAAGUGUUGUGGGUAAUUCCCAGCUUAUGGUCCAUAUCUACCCAUUCCUUUCUAGUCAUGAAAGAGGUCACUGUAAAUGUUGGCCUUAGAAAGACUUGAGUUUGCUUUAAGACUCACAGAGGUUUUAUUUUGUAUCAAAAUAUUCUACAAGGACCAAAAAAAUCCUAUUCCAACUCACGAUAUUCUCCAAUGCAGGGAGAAUUUCUGCAUUCUGAUAAUGAAAAAUGAAAAGGUUUCCUCUGGAGAUGGUUGUUAGUCCUAACAUUUUAAUCUACUCCUACUCUCUUUAUCCAAAACCACCAGCAGUAUAUGCCCUGCUUAUGCCCCCAAGUCAGUGUUUUUUCCUAAGCACAGAGUUUAAAAUGAAAUGUGUCCUGUAUAAAGUACCUCAGAUCUACAAGAAAACAUAAUUAAAGACUCCAGUUGCUUCCUGGUUGGGGCCUUUAGGAAAAGAGGAAAUAAAGUCAAACUGGCCAGAAUUCACCCUAGAUAUGUUCAUCUUGGAGCUUUCUUCUGCUGUUAUUAAAGACAUUAUUUAAUUAGAUGAGGCUUGAUGCAGGGGGAUAUAUGACCGCAGAAAAGGUAUCAGAUGAUCCCAUCAGAACUGGCUCUGCUGUCGCCAGUGUAAUGCUGCAGCCAAGGGAACAAAAGGACUGUGCAGGGUAAGAGCAAACACAACCUGAGAUAGCCUGGGGAGUGAGAACAGGAGGGCGCCCUUUCUGUUGUGACUUUACUCUUUAAAAAAUCUUCUAAAAGAAUUCUUUAAUUUAGUAAUGAGUUGAAGUCCUGGGUAAUGGAAGCUCUGGGGAAGAUGAUAAAAGAAUCGUAAAAUGUAUUCAGCAUCUAACAAUGCUACACCAGAAAACAUCCAAUAGCAAAACUAGGGAGCUUGGCAAGAGGUAUUCAGAAAAAUCUCUAGGCUUUCCAUAGGCAGGGUGGACAAACUUUCUUUUGAGUGAUUUCUGGCUCUGAGAAAUCUCUUUAAUUGCUAGAAAAGAACUUUAUUUAAAUGGCCAAUUUUGUCCCCCAGAGAAAGACAUUUUUUUAAAAAGGGAGGGGGAGAAAUAGGACAUUAAAGACAGAACCAUGUGACUUGGUGACAAACAAAAGGAAGGGUGCACUAGAAUUUCAAUAGACUCCUUAAUUCCACAGAAAAAGCAAAGCAACCCAAUGCCUCUGAGCUCCAGACUCUCAGUCUGCAGUGAGUGGAAAGAGUGCUUGAGCUGGCCCAACCCCCAGAGCUUUCUAAAGCUAGACAUAAUUUCCCCACUGGGACCACGACAACCUCUUUCUCCUCUCUGUGUUUUCUUAAAGAAAAGGGCUGUUCUCUUAGAUACCCAGAAAAUAGAUUAUGUGAGGCAAAAUUUCAAAAGCAAUCUCUGUCCUGGCGCUCAGGCUGUCUGAGAAGGCAGAAAUGGGACACAAAAGAGCUUUUGCACUUGAGAGAGAACAUUCUCAUAUUCCUAAGGGCUUUCUGUGUAGAGUGAUUGCUGAUACCACUUAAACCCCCAAAAGAGGAAAGGCUACAGCCGCUCCAAAUUCCAAUAAACACAAGAUGUGCAACUUACUAAUCCAAAGCAUCGUUUCUAACACAGAAUAUUAAGAUGAUCCACCUGACUAAAGUACCCUAAAGAUCUUUCGAAGUUUCUAUAGAUUUUUUUUUCUCCUUGCAUGCCCUACAGUCAGCGAUGUGCAUUAGCAGAUCCUAGGAUGCAGUUGUUGAACAGUAGGGUUUGUUUCUAUUCUUUGUAAGAUGAAAAGGUAGAGGAUAAGGGCUAAAUAGUACAAGCUCUUUCUCAGAAUUAUUUCCUCUUCACUGAGUGGAAGGGUAAAAUGCCCUGGCUAAAUCAAGAACCAUCAUCAUCUUUGCACACUACUAACUGAAACAAUGUGCAUGCCGGUGGGGUCUUCAGGCUCCACCGGUUGCUCCAGAGAGGUAACACUUUCACAGUGAAAUCUAUUCUCACUUGACUUCAGUUAAGGGAUUAUUAUGAGAAGCCACUACAGCAUAAAAUUACUGCCUUAAAUUGGAAAGUCUAGGACAGAAGAUACAGAAAUUGGAAGAUUGGGAUGAUAUGGACAUUUCUGGCUUUCUAAUAGUUGCAUUAUCACAGAAAUAAGCUGUAUUUGUAGGAUUGUAGAAAUAGUGACUUCUUGGGGAGACAUCAAACUUGUCCAACACUGGGUGCUUCAGGAAGUGGCUGCUAUUUCCUGUCUAUUCUAUUUUGUUGAUAGGUCUGAGGUGACUAUAAAAUAAUAGAUAUCGUAUUGCUAAAUAGUGAAUCUCAUAAAACAGUAACAGCUGCCUAGCAUGCCAUGCUUUUCCUUAGCAGAGAGAGCAAUCCCAACCAAAAGCUUUCUUAACUCACAUCGCUAAACCUCUUUUCUCAGUUUUGGAGUGCAUCUGGUUUAUCUGGUGGCUCUUUGUUUAAAUGUAAAACUUAGAACUUUCAGGUCCUCAGUGAAGGGUCACAAUCUGCAGGUCAUAAUGAAAAUAUACUCACAAUCAGCUUCUGGGGUACCUAAUAGGAUAUGAGAGUCCCUACUCAUUUUCUUUCAAACAUAAGUUUCUUGGCUCAGAAUGCCUUAAUGAAAUUCUGACACACCCAGGACAGAAGGAAAAAAAUCAAUCCCACAGGAGACAUCUGUUUCUACUACUGUUGCAGCCAUUGUUACUGCCCAGCAACAUCAUUGUAAUUGAUAUGUAGAUAUUUAGUGAUGAAAGGGUCUUAUCCCAUCCAGUGUGUCACAGCUGCUGUCCAGAAUUCUGUAAUUAGUGUACAUUAUGCAUGUGUACACACAGUACGAGGUGCUCUUAGUACAAGAAUUUUCCAUAUUCAUAUUCCCUAGUGACAACAAGAUAGUUUUCAGAACUUCUUGUUAGAAGUCAAAGUCUGACAUAUCUCACAUACCUGCUUCUGCUCUGCUGCCUUAUGCGGUGCAUCAGUCUCUAUGAUGAGGCUUUAGGGUAUUCUGAAGGAGCCCAACCCUCAGUCAUUUAUCUCUCUUUGAUGAGAAGUAACUUGAACAAAUGAUAUACUUCUAUUGGACUUGUUGAUAUGUGUGCACAUGUGUGUUUUUGUGUAUACUUUUUGUCAUUUGGGCAUGUGUGUGCCUAGCAAAGGAAGCACACACAGGCAGAGGUCCUGGUGCACAGAUGCAGUUGCCUCAUCCCUACCAUUGUGCUCAGACUUGUGGCUCCCUUCCCAGUAAGUCAUCUGCCCAUUCAAUUGCUUUUUGUAGUAUUUUAGAGUUGAAAGAAACGAAGCUUGUUGGCUCCACAGCACAUCGACAGAUACAGGCAGCUUUGCUCCAGAAAAAAAAUGAAAUACAAAUAAUCAACUGGGAACAGACUUCAGGGAGUAGAAAUCUAGGAAACUUCCCCAAGUCUUCUGAGCAGGAGGGGCCCCAAGGCCAAGCAGACAAGGCCCAAACAGUGGCUUGAGCUGUCCCAUGGCUCAAAUGCUUCUAUUCCUUUUCUCUCUGAAACACUGUGUAUAUACACACUCAAACACAGGAACCCACAUGUGAGUUUUAGUCCCAAACAAAAGCUUUCUGAUGGUCUCUACACCUGCAGUACUUUGUCAUUCUCAAACUGUGUCUCCUAAAACCAAUGUGGCCUUUGCCGAAGUCUUUCCAGGAUUGGGUUGUUUACUGUGUCUAGCAAACCAACAGACUGGUGUGGGAAUAUUUGGGGGAAUGUCCAAGAAUUGCUGUCUCUGGCCCAUCUUUCAGCACAGUUUCACUCUAGUGUGAGAUACUGAGUGAAUUGACGUGGCUCUCGUAGCUGACUCUUGAUGGCUUGGUGGCCUGGAAAUAGACUCAGUUUUCUCACUUCCAUGACUUACUAGAUGGUUUAGUAUUUUUAUGACAUGUAAAUCCUUUCUGCUUUACAAAAUUCAGAGAACACUUUUUUUUCCUUGUCUAUUUUGGCGAUUCCCCAUCCCUUUGUUAAGUAAGGCUACUUACAGUUGCAACCUCUUUGUUACUAUUUUUAAAAAUGUAUAUUGUCUUUCUAUAUCCCAAAAAAGUCUGUGACUGUAAACAUAGGUAUUUCUUUUUACUGGAAAAAAUGAGCUUUGUUUUUUUAUAAUUAAAAGUACUAGUAACUUUGUAGAAGAAUAUGAGUUACUAUUUAGGUAUGCUUACUUAAGUACAGUACACUACAUUGCAGUAUUUCUGAAAUCUAGAACAUACACAUUAUAUAUAACAACUCUAUAUUGAAAUAUAUAUUGCAUUAUAUUCAUUUUAACUUUUGAAUCUGCCUAUGAUCAUGAACUGAUUGAAAUGUUUUUUGCAUAUAUCACCCAUCACCAACCUGCUGCAGUUAAUCUGGUGCAUUUGAUAAUAAUUAUUACUGCUCUAGUUUGCUUUUUCACAUUAUCAGCUUCAGUAUUGUCUUAACAGGAUUUUAGGAUUUUUUUUUUUUUAACUCAGACUUAGCAAAUGUAGGAAAGUGAAAACUUUUUUAACUUUUUUUUUCUUGGUGUGGCUAAUACAAAAAGGUUCGUGUUCAAAGUGAUCUUGUUUAGCUGACCCUGUCAAUAUCUGAAGAACAAAAGAAGUGCAUAUGAAUGUAUCUGUGAUUUUCCCCUCUAGCACUGUCAUUGUCAAUAUUUGCUUAAAAAUACGACCAAGGAGCUGCUUAACUUCCACGUGAUCUGACCAAACUAUCAUAGUCUUCUUUUCAAAGGGCUGUUUUUGUAAGAAACAUAAAACAGUAAAAUGCCUAGUUGUCUCAACUGUAUUUCAAACAUUGAAUUUUAAAUACUGAUUCUUUACUGACUACUUUCUGUUUUCAGUAUGCUUACAGUUAUUUUAACUAGGCAACAUUUCCCUGGAGGCAGCUUGGCAAUAUAAGGUUCAUUUUCCCAGGGGACUUGUCUUGUACUAGAACCAGACUUUGAGGAGCUUUUUAUUGACGAAGAAGAACAGAAAUAAAACUCAGAAAUAUACAUAACAUUUUUCAGUCUGCAGUAUCCUUAACUGGUGGCUAUUGGGUAUCUGGCCCUCAGUACCCACUUGCCUGCUAGAAUGGGGAUUUGAUGCCUAUCUUCUUUAACCAAACAACAAUGAAACUCUCAAAAAUAGGGCAUCAUGUCUUCCUCCUAUACAAGAAAUAUUUUCAGUUAGUAUCUUUCACACAGAGUUUCUUCAGCUUCCCUCAGCUGUCCAAUCUAAUGCCUGCAAUGUCAGAGUUGGAUCAACUCUUUCUCUGUCCUAAGUUCCUAAAAUCAGUCUCACUCUAUCCUAUUUUCAAUAAAAAAAAAAAAAAACAAGAAUAGCUUCUUAUAAAAUUCAGUGUAAAAGACCUUCCCCCACUGGGCCAAUAUUAAGGCUUCUCAGUGUAAAUACUCCAAUUCUUUCCUUCCAGCGUCCCUCAUAAAUCUGUAUUUCUAAUCUCAUCACAUUCUACUGUACCUGUCCAGCGUGUCUUGGUCCCCAAACCACCCAGUUUUGCCUCAGUAUCUUCCACUGAUGCCUGGCACUCAUUAAGGAGCUGCCCUUUCUUAAUCUGUGUUGAAGGUGGUAAUGUUGGGUCUCACAGCAGACAGACUUGAUUCCGAGUUCAGUAUUAGUGAGGCUGUUCUUUCUUUAGUGGUCACAUACAGGUACUAUCUGAAUUAUGUCACCGCCGUUAUUUUCCUUCUCCUUUUUCCUGGCCAGCUCUUUUUAUUCUCUUUAAGAUUACUUUGAAUUUCCCAGUCAUGUCAUCACCACCCCCAAAAUUUUAAUAUACGCUUGACUGUUCAUUUCUUUUCCUUCCCCAACCUACUCUGAAUGUCCUUCUUGAAAUGAGUUCAUAAACUUGAGACUCACAGGCAAAAUAAAGCAUGUCUUCAUUCCAACUUCAGAUUUUAGAAGUUGUCAAUAUAGUUUUCAGAGUAGGAGGACCUGAGUCACGGUUUUAAAUGUCAACUAUACUAGCUGAGAUCAUUAAUUCCUCUCACCUUCACAUCUGGCCAAAGAUAAAGAAAAAAGUAGUGUACACUUUUUGUAAAUACCACACUUUCCAAAUUCUUGAUAUAAGUGGAUCAUUUCUGAAAGGGAAAAAAUCGCUAAUGUUGACUGUUUCAACUCCACUGGUAUUUAAUCAAAUGACAUGUUAACCAGAUACUGCACUAGAUUUACAGGAAUCUAGAGAAAGGGGGAACAUUUCAAACUAAUUUUGAUAACUAUUAAUGCCUUAGUGACUGCUUCUCAAACAAUUAAAACUACUUCUGUUUAAAUGCAUUAUACUAGGAAAUAUUUAUUCAUUUAUUAUAUUUCUGAAAAAAUACAUAUUUAUCAUUUGGUCUGGAACUUUGGUAAUUUACUAAGGAAUGAAAAAAAUCUAAAAUUUCACAAAUAUUUAUUUGCAACCAGAGAUUGCUUAGACAUACACUUCAAGUGUGCUUUAAGAAAAUGAUGUGGCUAGAUGAUACACUGCCCAGUGCUUAAAUAUUAAGCAUAUAAUUUGGUCAUAUUGCUAGGUUUCAUUCCUAUGAAUUAGAAAUGUCUCGUCUCCAGGGGAUUGCCCAGAACACUACGGUCAUUCUUAGUGCAUCCCUUUAAGAUGCAUGUAGUACCAUCUUUGCAAUCACCCGGUAGCAGAGUCUUUGUGACUCCUGGUCCAAGGCACAUGCCAUGACACCACAUUGCCUGUAUGCUCACAUAAAGACAGACUCUCUGACAUUUAGCCCACCGCCUGGUUUUGAGUGCACAGUGGGGAAUUCUUUCAAUUGCGCUUUACCUAAUGAUAAGCAAUCAGCAUUUAAUAUCAGAAAUGUGUCCUUAUUUGACUUGCGCUUGCCCCAGGUUUUGUCUUAUUCAGAGCAAUUUGUAACAUCAAUUCACACCAUAGACAGCAGUGAGAUAAACAGAAGGUUCAAAAUCCUUCCUUAGACGUAUGUCUAACAGGAAACCAAGUUUCUUACAGCCAGUAUUUAAAUUGCUUAAGCCUGUGACCUUCACUUGGCGUUUUCUCCUGGUGAGUCCUAUCUCCUUCUCUUCCUUUAUCCAUUCUGAAUCCUGCUCUCUGUUUUUCAAAUGCUCUUUAAAAUGCUCUUUCCCUCUGGCAUUGGCUUUGGCAGGAAUAAGUGACUCUUUUCAACCUUAAACACUGUAAUUUAAAGUAUAAUGUGGAGUAGGAGAUGAUCUGGUUCUGAUAGAUCUCUUUUGGCCCCCUAAAUCCAAGCUGCCUCCUUCACAAUGCUGCCUUCAGUUCCUCAAGAAGAGUUCCAUCCCGAGACCCAGGGUUUCUCAUCAAAAUCUUUGUAUUAGUCACAGAUUAAUGUCUAAAUCCUGUUUAAUAUUCUAGAAGCUCCAGGGUAUGAAUUUCUUACUGCACAUGAGCCUUCUGUUUUUCUAAGCCAACACCUGUCAGGGAUACCAACAGCCCUAACAGUAACUAAGGCAGCAAAAAUAAUGGUCAGAAACACUAUAGUGUAUAUUUGGGAGAUCAGGAAGAUUGUUUUCCUUGUUUAUCCCAUAAAAAGCUUGCUUCUCCCCCACACACCCCACAGUGCAUUUCAGAAAGCCUGCAUUGCAUUUUACAGCUAGGUAGUUUUAGUAUUUGCAGAUAUAGCUUAGGAAAUGUUCUGAGAUUGAGGCUGGUAGCAAACAAGUUUAUUUUCUGCACUGGACUUUAGGACAAGUGUGCAUAGAUGCAAUUCCUUCAAAGAAAGUGAAACAUAGUAACGGAAGAGGAUAAUACUUUACACAUUAAAACAGUUGUUUGCUAUCUGUAAACCUUGAUUUAAGCAUAACUGUAACUCUAGAAAUCUCAAACUGGAGGAAUGCGUAUUUUAAUAAUGUUUGUUGAUUUGUUUAUUUUCUUUUAUUUCUUUUUUUCUCAAGAAAGUAAAACAUUUUUAUUUUUAAUUUGAUAUUGUCAGUGAGCAGUCAAAUAACUCCACCCAUAGUAAUUUCCUCUUACAAAAAAUGGUCUUUCAUCCAGACUGUGCUUCAUGAAAAUCUUAUCUUUAUUUUCUGAUGACACUUGAGAGCUUUGAGAUAAAUUCACUCUGCACUUUGAGGAUAGAACAGUUAAAAUGAAAAGUAUUCCUUGAGGAACAAGCCCAGUUUACCUAAACUAACAGGUCUAGGGCCAAAGAAUGAGAAAUGAUUCCAGACGAAGGUCAUGCAUUUUAUACUACAGAUCCAUUUGUUAUGUUCUCAAAUUCUCUUUGGAAUAAGGCUGGGAAUAAAUUAAUAUGACUAAACUUCUCUUUGGGUGUCUAAUAUUAAUAUCUAGGGUAAAAUACUCUGAAAAGAAAAAGAAGAGGUGCUACCAAAAUGCCAAAAUUAGUUGAUUAUAGAUUUCUAUAACUGUAGGAAUUUCUUCUGUUUCAUUUCAAGACUUUCUGUUUUCAUGAGGCCUUAAGUACAGAUACCACCGUCCCGUGGCUCCUUAUCUCCCGUCCCUGGGUGCUAGAGGUGACAGUGAGCGGGGUCAGUCUUGCACUGCCAGUACCCCACCCAUGCAUGCUGUACUGCUAGGACAGGAAUGCCCAACAUAUAAACUGGAAAAAAAGGAAAUUGUAGUGUUCCAUGUGAAUGUACACUGUUUCCAACUCAAUUUACAGAGAGCCUGAUAACCUUUUUAUUGUUUUAGCGAAGUCUUUUAGUAAAGUUUAGUGGUAUAGUAUUUUAGAAACACUUGUUUGUUGAUUUAUUUUCCUUUAUUUCUCCUCAAGAUAGUAAAGAUUUUGACUAAUUUGAUAUUGCCCUCGGGCAGCCAAUAACAUGCCCAUGGUAGCUUUCCUCUUUAGAAAACAAAAGGCCUUCUAUCUAUCAUCAAGGAGUUCUCUUGAGAACAUUUUCUUUCUUUUCUAAUGGCACUUGAGAAUUUUGAGGAGAGACAUUCUCUCUGCACUUUGAGGACAGAAAAGAUAAAGACUGUUCCUUGAGAAAGAAACUCUUUUGUGCUGUAAUUUCCAUAUUUGGUCCAGUCUUUAAAAUAGUUGCAAUUUCAAUUCAGUGUACAGAGAAAAAUGAAGGGAACAGGACAAUGUGAUGGGACUGAAUUUGAUACAGUCCCUGAACAAAAAGCUUGUUCUCAGGGUUACCAGAGAAACUUGGCACCACUCUUCACUGGUCAUUCUUACCUGUCUCUCCCUAUAAUAUUUCUAAGAUAUACUUCUUUGUGAUACAAAUUUCUCUGAAUGUUACCAGACUCAUCUAAAAAAUUUAUAGAAACCCUUGACUACUGUGAAUCUACUCUACAAGGCAUGUGAGAAAUAACUAAAUAUAAUGGUUCAAAUUUGAGAUAAGGUUUUCCUACUGUAGUCUCCAGUGCUUCAAAUAUAUUUAUAGCUAGGGAAACCUUUGAAAACCAAAGCUAACUGUAUUCUUGCUCUCCUUGUGACAAACCUUGAUUUAGAAUCAGAUACAGAUUUGUAGGAAAAAUUUUUCAAAGGUAUUUUCAACAACUAAACUUCUCCUUGGUCCCAUUGAUUCAAACCUUAGUUUUCUGAAGGGAUCUGUUGCAAUCUAUAUUAAGAAUAACUUGCAAAAAUCUAAAAUUGAUUUUUUGGACUAUUAUCAAAGAAUUGUGGUUUUCAGAAUAGAUGAAAUUAGGGGCUGGCUAAUCAAACAGAGAUGAGAAGCUGAUGAUAGAGAAGAUUUAUGAUAACCUGGUUUUAAAUUAAUUUGACUAUGCUGACUCCACUGUUCCAAAUUUCUUUGUUUCCACAGUCUUUUCUAAACUGGGUACUGGUUCUCUUGAAACUUCUGGUAUACGUGUGUAGUGCUUAGCAGAGAAGCAGGUUUACAUUUGCAGAGUAAUGAUCCAGAAAAACUGAAGAAACAAACUCUUGAGGGUCACCCAAACUCGGGAAUCACUCCUAGUGGUAUAUCCCAAACUAAUGCUAGAUUAACCUUAAGCAAGAAGUAAACUCCAUAAGGAAUUCCACUAUGAAUUUUUUAGCUAAAUGAAUAAUACAAGAAGAAAAACAAUACAGAAUCUUAAUUUUCAUAUAAUAAUUCACUUUUCUACUUAGUAAAUAUACUUUUUGCAUGAGUGUAUCCUUGAACUAUUUAUACCAAUUUUCAAUCCAUCUUCUGAGAGGGGCCUUGAGAAUUUUUAUGAAUGUGUAUGUAUAUGUGUAUCUGUCUGUAGUUAGGAAAACAGUGAAUAUAAAGGCAAAAAGUGAGGUAAAAAGUGGUCAGUGUAGAAAAGUAAGCACUCCUAGUGUACCUGUUUGUCUUGUGUAAGGUGGCAGCUGCUUGUAGCCCUAGAAGAAUAGCUGUUUGCACUAUUCAAAAGAAGAGCCCAGCACUGUUAAAUUUAGGAUCGUGUUUUGGAAAACAGAAAAGCUUUAUCUUUUUCUGUACCCUUUCCCCUUAGUAUCAGAGCCAUUUGACAUGAUGAAAACUAUUAAAUAUAAACCACUACUGACCUUUGCAUCAAAUAGCUGUUUUCCUCUUUUAAGUAUUACCCUUGUUGUCAACUUGACUACUUCCCUUUAUUUUCUGCCUAUUGGCUUAAUGUUUUACAGAGUAAUGCAUAGGUACCUGCUAGCUGUUUCUGUCCUUUGAGCUGAAACAAAUGGGCAACAAAAGAGAUGACUCACAGUAGUGUGAGGUGCAGACUGAAUUUUCCACUUUUGUAGCACUGGUAGGCAUUAGUAAGAGCUGUAUAGGGUUCAGCUUUGAGUCAGUGAGAGGACUUUUUUUUUUUUUUUUUUUUUUUUCACUAAGUAUGCCUGCACUGCAUUGCACUACUGAAAUGUAUUUACUUGUGCCGGGAGGGAGUGUAUUAGGUAAGGGAAAGAAAGAGGCGAGUUAUGAAACUAGGAUGUCACAGAAAUUAAGGGUUAUUUUCAUCAUGUUUGCUCUUAGCAGAGUUGGUGAGAAUUUGUGGAAUCUUUGCCAACUUUUGAUCAAACUUAGAAACUGCCAUUACUGAUGGAACCUAUUUUCUUAUUGUAAAGAAGCUGGUUAAUACAACAAGUGAAGGACACUUAAGAAGAAAGUUACCCAAUGUCAUUUCCAACUGGUAGAGUUGUGAGAAGGAGGAAGCCAACUGAUAGGAUGUGAAAGUCUUCACCAUGGAAACCCCUUGUUGGUACACAUUUCAGUGAGACAAAGGGCAGUGGAGUGUGCUCUUUUCAAGACAAAUGCAACCGUGUCCAUACUGAGAUAUCCUUUCAACCUAAGCAUACUUUUCCAUCCAUGAGUGAAACAAGAUUGGGCUAAGCAAAGAGGAAAGCCAUACAUGUGGUAAAGUCCUUUAGAAUGACAGUGAGGGAACAGUGCAAUAAACAUUGAAAACCAGCAAGGUGAAAGAUUUUUCAAACAGGCUACUUUAAAAAUUGGAAGAAGGAUCAGAACCUACCAGCUGCUCCCUCCUAGACUAUCUUAUUAAGCAGAGACCUUAACAGUGCCUAAAAGUUUAGUUUUGAUGUUGGAGGUUUUCCUAACUUUUCUUUGCUAGAUUUAUUUUUAUUAACUUUUAAAUAUUAGCAGCAAUCAGUUUGAUGGCUCUUUAGUAACUAUUAAUAAGAGAAACUUGCACCACGGGAAAAAUAAUGAUUGUGUAGAGAAUAAUAACAUAAGAGUGAAGAAGCUGAAGACUCUUCUAGAGUCUAUGGUGACAGCUUUGGAAAAUAAAAUGGAUCACAACCCGUAAAGAUAGCUCAUGUUGAAUGUCUCUAAACACUAUCACAUGUGAGGGCAUCAGUUUGGAAAAUUCUCAGUUAAGGCUUCUUUCCUAAGGUUACAACUUUGAUACCUGACUUUCUCUUCCUUAGAUCCCUCCAAUCCACCAUUCCAAGUUAAAAAAAUUUAAGGAAGUUGUUCACCUUGUUUAUUAUACAAAUUUUAUUUAGCUUUCAGAACUAACACAAGCAAUCUCUUAAGCAAAGUACUAUCUCUGUUUUAAAUAAGAAGCUGUAAAUUCAGAGCUCUUUAACAGAUACUUAGAAAUGUGUAUCAGGUAAGCUUGAAGAGGACAUGAAUACACCAAAGCAAUGCUAUAAAAAGAAAUAAUUGGCCUUUUAAAAUAUACCCACAUUAACCAUACUUCUCCUGAGUCUUUGGGGAACUUUUCCCUUGAAUCUUACAUACCCACUUAAGUUCUGUCACCAAAGAAUUUAAUCUCCAGAGCCCAAACUCCCCUCUCCCAGACAAAAGCUCUGCAAGAACACUCAAGGAAAACUGUUUUUGGUGAUCAAGGAUGACACUUUCCUUCUGUUGAAAGUGGUAUUAACAGGAGACCUUGUCAAUGUGAAAGAAGUACUGAACAGUCUUUAUGAAUUAGGUUUUGGCCAAAGGUUUUUAAAAAGAGGAAGGAAAAUGCAUCAUAGUAUUUGACACUGAAUCAUGACCUAGAGACUGAUGGAGAGAAAAAAACUUCCAUGGAAGAGAGUAAACUAAAUCACUUAGUACAAAGCAGGAAUCACUGGUAAAAAUCAUCAUUAGGGAAGCAUAUUAACAGUGAAGAUCAAGGCUUCGCAUUGCCAGAGCCACCAGUAGUGGCCAAUGCGGGAGUCACUGCUGGCCAAUAAAUUGAAGUAUCAAAAAAGCCCCAAUUUGGGUUUUGUUGUGGUUGCUGGAGUAGUGAAAUGCCCAUGCCAUAGCAAGGAAAAUAUUGGAGGCUGGUCUGUCGUGAUAGUGCCUUUCUUGUUGUAGCAAGUACUAGACUAGUAAUUUAUUCAGUUAUGCUUUUCUGGACCGUUGCCCCCAGUCUUCUGAGGAGGUCUGAAGGGAUAGUAUCUACUUAGGAUGAAAGGAUAGGAUAUUGCUCCUAGAUGCUGUGAUUUGAUGAUAUUUGCACUAGAGUCUACACUUUUCUUUAAACUGGAGCAACUGAAUGAGAGAAAAACCAAGGACAACUUAAAGUUAAACCAAAAGCAGUAUUUUAGGACUCUUUUUCUUCUUCUCUUCCUCCUCUUCCUCCUCUUUCUCCUCUUUUUUUCUCCUUCUUCUUCCCUCCUUCAUUCUUUUCUCUUUUUACAUAAAACUUCACAUAUGUUGCUGACCAAAUUCAAUUCUUGGCAAUUCUUAUCUUCACUUCUCCAAUGCUGAAUCAUCAGUGUGAUUUAAUUGUCAGAGAUAGUUAAUGUAAAAGAACCUCUGCUAUUACAACUGUGCGUGCCUUCUUUGUCUUGUCUAGGGCAAAUGACAGUGGGCAGUGGGGGUGGUGGAGGAGUCCCCCAAGGCCACUCAACUCUUGCGGAAGCCAGAAAGUGAGGAUAUCGUGUGGACAGCUGAGCUUACACAUACUUGCUCAGAAGACAUUGGGGUCUGUAGCUUAUCCUAAAAGAAGCUCACACAGAGAAGAACAAAAGGAAGCAGACAAAAGGAGGUGAUGCCCACAGUUGGCCUAUUUCUCUUUCUCACUUCACAAUCCAUGUCUAUCAGAAUUGCAUUUCAUCUCAUAGAUUCUACCAGAAAGACUAUUUGGUUCCUUGGUUUCUCUCUUUAUCAGUGGGCUGAGAAUGCCUCCAAGAUUAAAAACAAGUACUAUUAGCAGCUCCCCUGUGGCUAGCCAGUUUCUCAAACGCUGUUCAGCUGAUCUUGACACUUUGGUUAGCAUAAUUUGGAAGCUUUGGUUGCCUCAGCAACUUCCUACUGUAUUCUUCCUUUUCUUUUCAUUUCCAUUUGAAUUUUGAGUAAGGCCAUGGAAAGGUGAAAAUAAUGGGAAAGGUUUGGAGGCAGCAAUUCUGCGGUAUUUCUUGUCAGGUAUAUAUCUUUCUAAACCCAUUUUCUUUUAAUCUAUUGCCCUGAUUAUAAUUUCUAUUACAUUUAUUGUUAUUUUUAUAAGAAUAGAGUCCAUUUGCUAUGUCUAUUUGAGUACUUUUUUUCUAUUUUCCCCACAUGGAUGCAGAACCAACCUGUCAAUGAAAUAUCUUUUUAUUAUAUUAUAAAUAUGUAAUUGUACUGUAGACCAAAAAUAUAAUAACAAAUUUGUUCAUUUUAAAGAUAUAAGUAAUGAGUAAAAGAUUAAGAGUUGAAAGAAAAGACAGCAGAGCAGUGGUUAACUGUGUUGAGUUAGAAAUCUAAGAGUAGCCUUACCUAUUUUUUAACCAGUGCUUGCCAAUCAUACCAUAAUUGAUAUUAUCUUGGCUUCUUCUUGCUUAUGUUCUGUAAUUUCUUGUUUGUCUGUUUGUUUCCUUUGAUGUAAUUGAGAUUGCACAUCAUGCUAUUUUGGGCAAUGCCUGAUUUUAUUAUGUUUUACUUUUAUCAGUCAUUUCCUUUAGAAGAAUGAGGGGGAACGUUUUAUUCUUUUAAUUUAAAAUUUGUUUAAUGCACUGGAAAUAAAAUUGGACACAUUUCACUGUUUAAAAACCAGAAAUAAAACAAAACAAGCACCAUAAAGAAAAAACCAGCAAACAAAUAAACAACAGAAAAAACAUUUAAAUCUCCUCAUACUGCAUUCACAAACUACAUCCACCAUGAUAAAAUAUCAUCCAGUAAGAAAAAUUACAUAAUUUAAGCUAAAAUGCUGAAAAUAUAAAAAGACUGGGAAUCAAUGGUAGCAGAGAAAAUAGGGCUUUUGUUUUGUUUUGUUUUGCUAUCAGAGAUCUUGCCAUUGUUCCAAUUAACCCCUAAACAGAUCUGUGUGGAAGAGACUAGAGAAAAUAAUCCCAGCCUUCCUGGUACUGGAGCUCUGCACCCAUUUUUAUCCUUGGCUUCAGCUCCAUUUUAAGAAGGAACAAUAAAAUAUACACACAUGCAUACUUACACUUGUGCUUGAGAAAGUGAUUUGUAAAGGUGUGUGUGUGUCAAGGACACACUUCAGUCCUCUGACUGCUCAUGUGCUUCCUCUUGUAUUUCUUUUCUUGUGAGGAUUUGCAAUGGGUGGUUCCACAACAUGGACUGUAAAUGACUCACUGGACAUUACCAAAACCUAAUCCAGCCUGAUCUUUCUUCUUCAGCAUUCCCCAAUAUCAGCAGGGCCAGUCAACCCAUGCAAAUGACAAUGAAAGAAAAGACAGGGAUAUUACUCUUAACUAUUGACAUCAUUUGUUUAAAGUUUGCUGGGUUUUUCUGGGUUUUGUUUUGUUUUAGAACAGGGGUGGGAGUAGACGUAACUUCACAAUCCUAAUACAGUAAUGUUUUGCAUCUUCCAUGUUUUAUGCAAAAACAGACAUUUAAAUCAAUAAUUGUGCCCUAGACUGAAAGUUAAUGUUUAGGAGAGGAAAAAAAUUGUUGGAAUUUUUUCUACAUUUUUUUGUGAAGAAUCUUUUUUGGAAAGGAAGGAUACAUAUUUUUGUUGUGUAAUAUUUUCUAUUUUUGAAUGCAUUUUAUUGGUACAAGACUGUUUUUUUGGUGAAGACAUUAUUUAAAAAAAAAAAAAGAAAAAACUAAUCGAAAAGUUUGCCCUUAAGGAUAUGCUGCAGUUUUGAGCUUACAAAAAAUAACUGAUUCAAGAUGCGUGUUAAAAGUUGGGAUUAUAUUGUUGUUUUUUGUAAUUGUUACAAGAAGUUUGUACCCACUGCUGUUUAUUUUGUUUCAGAUGAGUAAGUAAAGGGAUUGUUGUUUUAUUCUUUUUUUAGAGAAAAAAGCUAUUUAUGAAAUGUCAAAAACACUGGACUGUGAGUUUAAUUGUGGAAGCAUUUACCACCCUGUGUCUUCAACCAAUUGUGGGAAAACCCUUUUCUCUUCCCCCCUGCCUUAGCCUUGCCAAAUGAGAAAACUACAACAGCUCUCAGAUGAUUGAUGCCACCGAAGCUCUGCUUUAAUUCUUAUGGUUUGAAAAGUUGGAAAACCAAAGUUAAAUUUGUUUCUGAAAUCCCACUGUCCAUAGUCCUUUUUUUGUAUGACACAGCCAGUUGGUGCUGCCUCUCCGUCUGGGAUUAUUGCCUUCUUAGGGACUGGGGCCAGCUCUGAUGCAAAGAGAGGCGUGAAGUGGGUGAAGCUGAGAGCUGAGGUCUCAGGAAGUAACAUGUGAGUGGGACUUCAGCCUCUCAGGGGCAACCAUGCUUCUCCAUCCUGGGGAGAGGCUGCCGACGGAGCACAGCGCUAAUAAAGCCGUACAGGAGCCAGCCUAUGUCCUGUCUCCUUCACCUUCUGCUUCUGAGACCCGCCUGUUACCGGCUCUCCAGAACGGCUCUGCCUUUCUCAGCAGCCCACAUUCCAUGGACGGGAGCGGGGCAGGGAUCCCAGUGACAGAAUGGCUGUGGGUGCUGUGGAGCACCCCCCAUUCCCCAGGGAGGUGAGGCAAGGAACCAUUCAGCACAAGGGAUCUUGACCACCUCCUCUGUGAUUCAAUGGAUUGUCCAUCCACCUGCUCACUGUGAAGAGGAGAGGCAGCGCGCACCAAGGCUAUUCAAUAGCUUUUCCAUAUUUUUUCGACAGUGAAAACAUAAUUUUUCAAAACUGUGAUAUUUUUUAAAAAAUCAUUUGGCUGGAGGGAAGGGAAAAGGGAAACACCAAAAGCUGUAACAUGAUUAACUGGAGAUAUGUAACUGGGGCACUUUCUAGACCAAGACAAAUGAAUUCCUUUCUGGACCCUAAAGCAGCCAAAUCUUGAGACUGUCAAUGACAGAAAGCUGAAGAGAGGCUUCCAUUUCCUCCUUUCUCCUUUCUUCUCUCUGUCUCAAAAUUCUUUGCUACAAAAUUCUCCCUUUCAGCUUCCCUUAAUCUACUGCCCUAAUGGCCCUCAGCCUCCCACUUUGUUUGUACAAACACACACGCAAAAUACCGUUUUUCUUGAGGAUUUUGGGACCGAAUAAAAUCAUGUGCCUUCAUUUUAUCCUUUUAUGGUUAGAUGAACCUCUUCCGUUUCACAGUGUUUAUUUUUUUAAAAAGUUAGGAGAGGUUGAAGUGUUAGAGGACCUGGGCAUCAUCUGAGAAGUAAUUCUUGUUUAGCACAUUCCCCCUAAACAUUAAACACAAGCUUUUCAACCCCUACACAAAACUUUUUCGAAAUUUAAAGCAUCCCACACCAGACACUGGACAGCCUAAAUUCAUUUGAUUUUAGAGCAGUUCCUGAAAUUUCCAUUCAUACACUUCUUUGAUUUUAUCAAAAUUAGGCGAGCAAGUGCAAGCUGCCUUGUUCUCCCAAUCUGGUGCUUUUGCUUGUGGUGUGGGGUGGGCGUGGGUGGGGUGGGUGGGGUGUGUUUAGACAAAGGGUGCAUUCCUAAAGCUCUCUGGUGCUGAGGGGCCGCCACUUCCUUUCAGAGACUGUAUCUGACACACUUUACACACAAAUGAAUGGUAUCACAUGCAAUAUUUUAGUGGAGCAGCAGGACAGGUUCUUUGAAAUGGGGUUUUGCAUCUUUUUGUAACAUUUUGAUUUCUCUGGUGCCUUAUUCCUACUAGAUGCUGGCACUCACAUACCCACGGGACCUGACACAGAAGUCAGUCCUGGGAGUGGGGACAUAUGGGUGAUGCUGGAGCAUGCGGGGCCACAGGGAGGUUGGUGUCAGUUGGUGGGGAAGGAACUAGAUGGCAGCUCUUAGCUGAAGCCAAGCAGGGACUGCACGAAUCCAUCGCAAAGCUAGCAAUUCUGAUGUGUACACACACACCGAAUUCAUUCUUCCUCUUCUGAGCUUUCCUUCCUUCUUCCUUUUCUAUCUCUACCUUCUUAUAAAGGUGCUGCUGCUGCUGCUGCUAAGGUGCCCGGAGUCCAGAAUACCCAGUAAUCACUCAGGCAUGAGCCUGGCACUGCCACAUCGGCCCCUAGCAUGACCAAACCCAGGUUUUUCUUGCUUGGGGCUGAGAACUGUCAGAUUUUUCUCAUCAGAAAUGUUUUCCAAGGAAUCAGUGGAUUACAGUUAUUCUGCAUUGAAAAUGCACUUUAAAAAAUAAAUAAACGCUCCAGACUGUUUAAAAUAUACAGAAGGAGCAGGGGAAAGAUAGACAUGUGCUAGUGUCUAAACCCAGUUCAGUUUAUCUCCAGUUGAAACAAUAUACACUAUAUAAUGUAUAAAUGUAUACACAACUCCUAUAUAUAUACCCACAUAUAUAUAGUGUAUAUAUUAUACAUGUAUAGGUGUGUAUAUGUGCAUAUAUACACACAUGCACACAAAAUCCAGAUGCUCAUUAUAAAACCAGAUGCUACACAAACAGCAGCAGAAGAAACAAGGUUGGACUCUUGCAACAGAUCACAAAAAAUAAAAACAGCCACUUUCAGUGACUUUGGUCAUUUCUGUAUGUUCACAAGGAAUGAAAUGUAACAAAGAAAAAAGGAACAGUGUUAGCAAAAGAGGAAAAAUGGGCGAAACCAUCUCGAUCCAAUGGGAAUGCAGUAAUGUUCUAUAUAUCAUUUUAUCAGUUCUUUCUUUUAGUCAUGUUGAUUUCAUUUCAGUUUUUGGCUAUAAAAAAGUUUUAAACUCAAGUGACCACAACCAACUGACCAAAACAACUACAGUGAAAGCCCUUUUCAAUGGAAGAUGUCAGAAAUCUCAAAACUCUUGGCCUGGCUCAAAGCUACCAUGUGCAAAUCAGUACUCUCUUCAUGUUUAAAAUAAAAACUGAAAAAAAAAAAAACUUUUGAAGCACCUUAACGUGGACAUCCAUUGAGGAGUGGGUGCCACUUUUUUCUUUGAGCACCUUAUUGACGUGUUUUACUAUCUGCUGUCUUUCUGUUACCUGUUGGCUGAAUGGCUAGCUGUGAACACAUGCAUGUGCGCAGAUCAGACAUCUGGGCACGUGUGUUCCCAAUGAAGUUUACUGUGGUGACUGCUGAAAGGUGAACCCAUUUCCUGAUUUUCCCGCCACAGUGUUGUGAUAAGAUUCGAAGAAAUCCUUUUCCCUGCACAGAUAUGUUUCUUAUCACAUUGUAUCUUAGUAUGGAAAGGAAUAUGGGCCCUUUUUUGCAAUUGCUACUGUGUACACACACACACACACACACACACACACACAUACACACAUACUGUAUUCAGACCUAAAAUACAUACAAGCAGUGUAUACUCAAAUCUAACACAAACGUACACAUACACACAUGAUCAAACACAAUUCAUUCAUCCAAAUGGUAUUCCCAGUGUCCAUAUGGGUGUCACUGUUUAUGCAGUUUCCACUUCCCAGUGAGUUUUGAAUGGAGGGCAGUUUUUAAUCAGGCUGUCUUUCAGCCAAAGACCUGGGAAUUGGGAAAAUUUGGAAAGAGAGAGAGGCAAGGAAAGAGAAAGAUUUAAACUGAAAGAAUUAUUUCCUAUGAAGAACUUAGAUCAAAUGACUGCAGUCUUUACCCUCCAGUCUUUGCAGCUGGGCAUGGAACACUGCUCGUACCAAUCUGUGUGCUGUAGAAUCCAUGCAUACAUGAACAUACACACACAUCCAUCCAUCAAGAGCUACAUGGUUUGGGAUGAGCAGGUCAAUAGUUUUGAGAGGAAGUUUGUUCCUUUUUUUUUCUCAUUAUACUCUUGUCAGUUAUCAAAGAAACAGAAAAAUUGUUUUGAAAAACCUUGCAUACGCCUUUUCUAUCAAGUGCUUUAAAAUAUAGACUAAAUACACACAUCCUGCCAGUUUUUCUUACAGUGACAGUAUCCUUACCUGCCAUUUAAUAUUAGCCUCGUAUUUUUCUCACGUAUAUUUACCUGUGACUUGUAUUUGUUAUUUAAACAGGAAAAAACAUUCAAAAAAAGAAAAAUUAACUGUAGCGCUUCAUUAUACUAUUAUAUUAUUAUUAUUAUUGUGACAUUUUGGAAUACUGUGAAGUUUUAUCUCUUGCAUAUACUUUAUACGGAAGUAUUACGCCUUAAAAAUACGAAAAUAAAUUUUACAAGGUUUCUGUUUUGUGUGGAAGAGUAAUUGAUGUUGCUAAGAAUGAUGUUUGUUUUUUGGGGUUUUGUUGUUUUUUUUUAAAUGUUACCAGCACUUUUUUUGUAAGUUUCACUUUCCGAGGUAUUGUACAAGUUCACACUGUUUGUGAAGUUUGAAUAUGAAGGAAUAAUUAAAAAAAAAAAAUCUUC